AUGGUUGCUGGAGAGGAUAAUGUUCUUGAACUUCCACAUGCUCAAGUUCCUAAGUUGACUAACAAGCAGAGCAGCAGCAGUGGGUCAAACCAACAAAGCAUCCAUGAAGUUAAAAAAUUCAUACCGUCAAGGUUGAUUAUUAGGUGUGCCGAAGACCGUCCAACUGGGUUCGCAGGGGAUCAGAGUCAACUCGCACGAAGUGCAGAAGAGACUCAUGAAACUUAUGAUUCGGAACACAUUCUUUCUCAAUUGUCCAAGGAAGAACAAAAGGCAGCCAAGGAGAGCCUCUCUAUUUAUAUCAAACCGAUAGAACUGUACAAAGAUCUCCGUAUCCGGGCUGAUAGAAAUCCGUCGUUUCUACCAGAUUGUUUACGGUACAAAAUAGACGAAAAGAACAAAAGAAGGGUACAAUUAUCAGUAUCCAGAAGCCAAGUUCAUGAUGAUGGAUUGGACACGCUGGCGCUGCCCAUUUUUCCUAUUUACGUACUGUUGGCAAGACCAGUGCCUACUCCAAAUGAGGAGACUCUGCGUUAUAGGUUCAAACGAGCCUGCAAAUUGACGGCUUUUAAUGGACCACCAACACUGGGUUCAUCACAACCCAGAUUUAUUCUUCCCGAGAUUGAGAAACUAACAGAGUUUAAAUCUGGUUCUCUGGCCAUACUGUUGGUUACCUUUGCUGAUCAAACGGAGAUGGACUUGACACAGAAUCGUAUGGUUUCUCCAUCAAAUGAUGGUUACUGUUUCAUGGGGGAGAUUCCUAUCGAUUUUCUUCAAUUUUCGAGGGAGAAAUCGCCUAACAUAAGUUUAGGAGAAGGAGCUGAGUUUAUGUCAUCUGUUAGCUUGGAAUCAUGUCGUAUGAAGUUGAGCUGUUCAGAUGGGGAGAAAUGCGUAUCGUUUCUGUUCCGCGAUAGUUUCAAAUUAGUGGAAGUACCAAUUACUAUAACCGCAGAAGAGCUUGGGGCCUCAAGCUCUACUGAUAAGCGGUCUCAAGUUGUAAGGCCAAGAACAGGAGAGGUCUUAUUUAACUACAGAUACUACUACGGUAACAAGUUGCACAUUACACAAGUUACGGAAGAUUACACCUGUCCAUUUUGCUUGCUAAAAUGUGCAAGUUACGAGGGACUUGAAUGUCACUUGCCAGCAUCUCAUGAUCUCUUUAACUACGUGUUCUUGGGUGAAGGGCGGUAUCAAGUUGUGAUUAUAUCUGCGAAGAUCACUUCAUCCUCCGCUGAGAUAGUCGGCAAAAAGUUAGAACCUAGAGAAAAGGCGUUUAACUUUUGCCGUAUGUCUACGAGAAGAAGGAAACCAGAGCGAAAAAAUCAAAAUGCAAAUCAUGCGGCGUUGGAUUCUAAUAAGCCUGGUUUUGUUUCUGAGCGUUUGGAUCGUGAAGCUACUGCUGCAGAUGUGUCAAUUGCUGCUGAUACCGUAUUUUCUGGACCAGAAGAGGCUUCCGCAUCUGUACCUGGAAGCAGCGUUACACCAACCACCCUGCGGAAAUCUGCAAGAUCUAGAAAAAUAAGAAAACGACGCAAUGCUAGAAAGCAAUCCCUGUUGGAGAGACGGCAGUUCUUUCAUUCUCAAACCGGUCAGCCAAUGUCACCAGAGCAGGUGUUUGCUGAGGAAGACAGCGAAGACGAGGUUGAUGAUGAGGUCCUUGAUCUUGAAGAUAGAAUGAGGCUGGAUAGGUUUAAGGAUGUUAGCCAACAUGAGAAGCGAUUGAUGCUUCUCUGGAACUCAUUUAUGAGAAAGCAAAGGGUGGUGGCAGACGGACACAUUCCGUGGGCUUGUGAGGCGUUUACAACCAAGCAUAGACAAGACUUUCUCCAGAGUCCAGAAUUGCGCAUGUUUUGGACUUUAUUCAUGAUUAAGCUAUGGAACCAUGGUCUUGUUGAUGCAAAAACGAUGGACAACUGUAGUUGCAUACUAAACAGCCAAAAUCCUGAAAACAAAAAUUGAUGCAUCUUUUCAUACAAGAUAUUGUCGUCGUCAUCAUCAUCAUACUCAGUAUAUCCCACCAAUAGCAAAGCUAAGGUAGGGUCUGAGGAGGGUAAGAUGUAGACAGUCUUACCUCUACCCCGUAGGAAUAGAGAGGCUGCUUCCAGUGAGACCCCCGGCUCGAUAGUAGUUUUGUAUCAAGCCUUGGACAUAAGGCACAUAACACUCAGCAAUUGAGACAAACGCCGAUUAGUGCAUGUACCCCUUGUCUUUCGGCUAUCAACGCCACCACAUGAUGCAUGACUAACCAUCACCUCUUUUAACGUUAUUUUCACGAAAUUAGUAAAAUAACGUUAAAAUUAGAGCACUUUCAUACAAGAUAUUGUGAAGAUGUAAAUCUCUGGCCAAUUU